CCCAGAAAUCUGUUUGCCCCACAAAAAUUCCGUCCAGGGCGUGCAGUAGAGAGCUCCUUGCUUCUCAUCCUCCUCCCCAACCAUACUCUCCACAGAAAUCUCCGCUCCUUCUCGUCCCUUCUCGCUCGCGUGCGCAAUGGCGGCGGCGGCGGCGGUGGCGUUGUCGAACGGCUCCGGUGGCGACUCCAAGGCCGAGUUCGCGGAAAUAUACAGCAGGCUCAAGGAGGAGAUGCUCGAGGACCCCGCCUUCGAGUUCACCGACGAGUCCCUCCAGUGGAUCGACCGCAUGCUGGAUUACAAUGUCCUAGGAGGAAAGUGCAACCGUGGGCUCUCUGUCAUUGAUAGCUACAAGACAUUGAAAGGUGUAGAUGUUUUGAGCAAGGAGGAGACGUUUCUUGCCUGCACCCUUGGUUGGUGUAUUGAAUGGCUUCAAGCAUAUUUUCUUGUGCUUGAUGAUAUCAUGGACAACUCCCAGACACGACGGGGCCAGCCUUGCUGGUUUAGGGUGCCUCAGGUUGGCCUUAUUGCUGUAAACGAUGGGAUUAUCCUUCGCAACCAUAUUUCACGGAUUCUUCAACGCCACUUCAGAGGAAAACCGUAUUAUGUUGAUCUCAUUGAUUUGUUCAAUGAGGUUGAGUUCAAGACAGCUUCAGGGCAGUUGUUGGAUCUUAUCACUACUCACGAGGGAGAAAAGGAUCUCACAAAAUAUAACUUGAAUGUUCACCGGCGCAUUGUGCAAUACAAGACAGCGUACUAUUCAUUUUAUCUUCCGGUUGCAUGUGCAUUGCUGCUGUCGGGUGAGAAUUUGGAUAACUUCGGCGAUGUAAAGAACAUUCUUGUUGAAAUGGGAACAUACUUUCAAGUCCAGGAUGAUUAUCUAGAUUGUUUUGGAGAUCCUGAAUCUAUUGGCAAGAUUGGAACUGACAUUGAAGACUACAAGUGUUCCUGGUUAGUUGUGCAAGCUCUUGACCAUGCAGAUGAGAGCCAAAAGCGCAUUCUACUUGAAAAUUAUGGAAAGUCAGAUCCAGAGUCUGUUGCAAAAGUGAAGGAUCUGUAUAAAGAACUUGAUCUGGAGACGGCAUUUCACAAGUUUGAGCGUGAGAGCUACAAUAAGCUGAUCACCGACAUUGAGGCCCAGCCAAGCAAAGCUGUUCAGAAAGUUUUGAUGUCCUUCUUGGAGAAGAUCUACAAGAGGCAGAAGUAGAGCUAAGCUUGUGGACAAAUUAGUAACUUGUUCUAUGUUCUUCUGCGUGUGAUGGUCAUCUUAUUUCAGUACUGUACAGUACAUCAUGGUAUUAUUCCUUCCAACAGUAAAUAUUUGGGCCCUGUUUGGAUCACCAAUUCUCUUUCAAAUACACUUGUAAAAAAUACACACCUCCGUCGGUUGUUUCACUUCUGGGUGGAAUUUCCAGAGCGGUCAGUAAGUUACAGGUGUAAGCUAUACACCUUCAUAUUGAAAUACAUUCAAUCCAAGCACGGCCUUAAGCUGCGUUUGGAAUGUUGUUUUUCUGCAA